UCCCCAAAAAUGUAUGCGCCGGAUCUGAAAAUAUUUGCAACUCGCGAUGUCGUUACGACAUAGAAAGAGCAAAAGGGCAGAGUGAAGUGAUUCAGUGGAAGCCAUGGCCAAUCAAUGGAAGAAACUGAAACAGCCUUCUUCUUCAUCAAUCUCUCCCUCUUGUCUCUUUCUCUCUCUACUCUCCCUAACUUCUCUCUUCCUCGCUUUCUCUCUCUUCAACACCUCAUCUCGAAGCACUCUAUCGAAGAGCAAAUUGUCGUACUCCAAGUCGUGCAACUUCACUCACGGCCGAUGGAUUUACGAUCAGAGCAUCAAGUCCCCGCGCUACGACGACAGCUGUAAGGAGAUCUACAAAGGAUGGAGUUGCAUUGGCAGUAAAAAAUCCAAUGCGCUUGACAUUGUUAAGUGGCGCUGGAAACCCUAUCAAUGUGAUCUCCCUCAAUUCGAUCCUCUCUUAUUCCUUCACCGCUUCAAAAACACCAAUAUCGGGUUUGUCGGGGACUCCUUAAACAGGAACAUGUUUGUUUCACUUUUCUGCACUUUGAAGCGGGUCUCAGGCGAGGUGAAAAAGUGGCGCCCUGCCGGGUCUGAUCGUGGUUUUACCUUUCUGAAGUAUAACCUUACUAUCUCUUAUCAUCGGACAAAUCUUUUGGCUCGUUACGGUAGGUGGUCAGCCAAUGCCAAUGGCGGGGUGCUGGAAUCUCUUGGAUAUAAGGAGGGUUACAGAGUUGAUGUUGAUGUACCAGAAGGAACAUGGGCGGAGGCGCCAAGUUUCCAUGACAUUCUCAUCUUUAACACGGGUCACUGGUGGUGGGCUCCUUCAAAGUUUGACCCAGUAAAGUCACCCAUGCUUUUCUUUGAAAAGGGUAAUCCUGUGGUGCCUCCAGUGUCUACCGAGAGUGGGCUUGAUAUGGUAUUAAAACAUAUGAUAUCUUAUGUUGAAAAACGAAUGCGACCGAGCACAACAGUGUUCAUGCGAACCCAAUCCCCGAGGCAUUUUGAAGGAGGUGACUGGGACCAAGGUGGCUCUUGCCAGCGCUCACAGCCUCUCUCGCCUCAAGAAGUGGAGGAACUCUUUUCCCUUAAAAACAAUGGAACUAAUGUGGAGGUUCGCCUUGUGAACCAGCACCUAUACAAGGCUUUUGAAGGCACUAGAUUUCAUAAGCUGGACAUAUCUCAUAUGAGUGAGUUUAGAGCGGAUGCCCAUCCAUCUACAGCAGGUGGCAAGAAACAUGAUGAUUGCAUGCAUUGGUGCUUACCAGGACUUACAGAUACCUGGAAUGACUUGUUUGUAGCAUAUUUAAGCAAUAUCAAAGACAGGACCUAAGUUAUGAUUAUAUAAUUCUUUUCUGUUAAUUUAAUACAUUUUUCUCCCCUGAAGGGAAUUUUGUUAGAAGUUGGCUGUAUUCAAAUCUCCUCUGUACUAAUUAGUUAGUAUACUCCCAGUGAAUUCCUACCCAUCAGCUCUUUAAAAAUACACAGUAGACAGCCACCAGCCCCUUCUCACAACUAGAAGGUAAUUGUGAACCUGAUACAUUUUUGCUGGUAAGUUAACAAAAAGUUGUUCAGACUGCGGAAAGAUGUUGAUUUCUUUUCCUCUCUGUUGUGACCCAAUUGGUCAACUGGUAUAAAGUUGUUCAAGCAUUCUAUACCUCUUUAUUACCCAUUCCAAGAAUGUUUUCUCAUUAAUUGAUAAGGGUCUGGGAGACACUUUGAAGAUGCAUUAUCAGCUGCCUCAGAUUUGUAACUCCAGAGAUAAUUCAGGAAACAAUGGUGGAAAAUCACCCGCUGAUGGCGUUGCUGAGUGUACCUUUUACCAGUCAUGUAAUCCCUUUCUAGUUUUUUUUUCUUUUUCAAUUGUUUGAAAAACUCAAACAAGGUAGACGUGAAAGACAAAGCAGUCUAAUUUUCCAUGGUAAUAAUUAGGGGUUACUUUCCU